AUGAGUCCUCCCUCAGUUUACGGUCCCACGAGCGCGGUGCUCCCAAGCUCCGACAUUGCUGGUAGUCCACUCAUGGAGUCUUCCGCAUCUCCCUUAUCGGACUGGGACAAUGACGACAGUACUAUCAAGACAGUCGACGAGCUGGUGCGGCGGCGCGCCAGGGCCCAUCCCAAUAGGGUUAUUGUAUCGUACCCGUCGUCUGGUAUCACCUACGUCGAUUACACCAUGAGACAGCUGGAUGUUUUUGCCUACCGUGUCGCCAAGUUCUACGAGCAGCGCAUUCCGAGUCGGCUGAACUCAGACGAGAAGCCUACUACCGUAGCUGUGCUUGGCCCCUCCAACUUCGACUACCUUGUCACUAUGCUGGCCUUGACUAAACUUGGUCACACAACGCUAUUCUUAUCAACAAGAAUCUCUCAGGAAGCCAUUGAAUCUCUUAUUAGUGUCACUGGCGCUAAGUACCUCAUAGCCGACAAGAGGUACCUGGAGACUGCUGAGAGUGCGAAGGAGAAUCUAUCUUAUCUUGAUGUCUUUGAGAUUGCAAACCAGUCGACUUACGACUUCCCAAUUGAGGUCCAUGCUGACACUCAAUUGGACUACGGUCGUGAUCCCUUGGUGGAGACAAACAACUUAAUUUAUAUUAUCCAUUCUAGUGGAUCAACUGGUCUACCUAAGCCAAUCUACCAGCCCCAAAAGUCUGCGAUAGCCAACUACUCCAGUAGCAUGGAUAUGAAGGCUUUCAUUACUUUGCCUUUGUACCAUAACCAUGGUAUCUGCAAUCUGUACCGGGCUGUCUACUCCGGAAAGCCCAUUCACUUGUACAACGCAGACCUGCCCUUGACUCGCGAGCAUCUCACCAGUAUCAUGCGCAAACACAACUUUGAAAUCUUUUACGGCGUGCCAUAUGCUCUGAAGCUCCUUGCUGAGACAGACGAAGGCAUGGCUCUCCUGCGUCAGCUCAAGAUUGUCAUGUACGGCGGCUCAGCCUGCCCCGACGAUCUUGGAAACGCCUUGGUUGACAACGGAGUCAACCUGGUCGGCCAUUACGGAGCGACCGAAGUUGGACAGCUGAUGACAUCGUUCCGCCCGGCUGACGACAAGGCAUGGAACUACGUCCGAGUUCACGACAAGUUGGAGCCGUACCUCAAGUGGAUUCCCCGCGGCCCGAAUUUGUUCGAAUGCUGUGUCCUACCAGGGUGGCCGUCUAAGGUUGCUACGAACCAGGAUGAUGGAUCCUACUGCACCAAGGAUCUUUUUGAGCCCCAUCCCACCAUCCCUAAAGCAUGGAAGUACAUCGCCAGACUAGACGACACGAUUGCGCUCGUCAACGGCGAGAAGUUCAACCCUGUUCACAUGGAGGGAACCAUCCGCUCUAGCAAAAACAUCACCGAGUGUGUUAUUUUUGGUGUUGGCCGUCCAUCACUGGGUGCGCUUAUUGUCCCAGCCGCGAGUCUCGCUGGCAAGACAGAGGAAGAGAUUCUCGAGGCCGUGUGGCCUGUCGUUGAAAGCGCAAGCCGCAAUGUGGAGGCGUAUGCUCGUGUCUCCAAGAACAUGAUCAAGCUACUUCCAUACGACUGUGCCUACCCGAGAACUGACAAGGGUAGUGUCAUCCGUCAGGCUUUCUACAAGAGAUACGCCCAGGAAAUCGACGAGGUCUAUGACAAGGCAGACGCUGGCAGCGGCGACCUGAAGAAGCUUUCACUUCCGGAGCUGAAAGACUUCAUCCGCCAGGGCAUUAUCCAGACUCUUUCCAAGAAGGUUCAGUUGGAUGACGACACGGAUUUCUUCACUCUCGGCCUUGAUUCUUUGCAAGCCAUCCAAAUGCGGUCCGAUAUUCUCAGGACUAUUGACAUUGGUGGCAACAAGCUUGGCCAGACAGUUGUCUUUGACCAUCCUUCAAUCAACAAGCUCAGCACUUAUCUCUACAGUCUCGGAUCUGGCGAGGGCGUACAGACCGACGUUUCUAUUGAGAGCGAGAUACGUGAUCUGAUUGAGAAGUACGACACAUUUGCGUCUGCAGAGUCUGCGCCCAGAUCUGCCAUUGCCGUAACCGGUGCCACUGGCUCUCUUGGUGCUCAUGUCGUCGCCAAGCUUGCCGCCGAUCCGACUGUGAAGACCAUCUACUGCUUUACCCGCGCUACCUCGGAUGCUGAUGCCGCCCGCCGUGUCAAGAGCUCUCUUAUCCAACGUCGCAUCUAUCACGCACUUGCAGCCCCCUUCCGUAGAAAGCUCGUAGCUUUGGCAACUGAUCUUGCGGACCCCAAGCUGGGCCUCUCUGAGACGACCUAUGGCCAGGUAAAGCAAGACUUACGCACCGUGAUCCACUGUGCUUGGUCCGUCAACUUCAACAUGAGGCUUUCCAGUUUUGAGAAGGGCAACAUCGCUGGCGUUAACCAUCUCAUUGCGCUUUGCAAGGCCGCCGGCAACGACACUCCAGCGACUGCGUCCUUCAACUUCUGCUCCUCUGUCAGCACGGUCGCUCGCGCCACGACUAUUCCUGUUCCCGAGUCCGUUCCGGAUCUCGAGUGGGCCCAGGGUAUGGGAUACGCCCAGUCGAAGUGCGUUGCGGAGCACCUCUGCGCUCGCGCGUCCGAGAAGUCGGGUGUGAAGGCUCGUGUCUUGCGCAUCGGGCAGAUUGUCGCGGAUACCCAGAACGGUGUUUGGAACGCGACAGAAGCAGUGCCGAUGAUGCUGCAGACUGCUAUCACUGUCGGUGCACUCCCCAAGCUCCAGGAGACGCCAUCAUGGUUACCGGUCGACACCGUUGCGCAGGCGGUCAUCGACAUUUCUACCUCUGACGCGGGCGGUGUUUUCACCAAUGUCGCAAACCCCAAGAUGUUCAACUGGACCAACGACUUGCUUCCCGCUUUGAAGGCUGCUGGGUUGGAUUUCGAAGAAGUCGAGCCCAAGGAGUGGAUUCGCCGUCUCCGUGCGUCAAACCCUGACCCGGUAGCCAACCCACCCAUCAAGCUUGUCGACUUCUUCGCCUCCAAGUACGACAAGGAUGAAUUUGCGCCGUCAAAGACAUAUGUCACUAGCACGGCAUGCUCUUUGUCUCCGGCGCUUGCUGAAGCGCCUGUGCUUGAUCAGCAGCUUGUUAACAACUUUGUCAAGUACUUCAAAGCGAACCACUGGAUCCAGAAACAGAACACUUCCUCCAAGACCGUCAUCUUGGUUGCUGGACCCUGUGGCAGUGGCAAGUCUACACUAGCUACAUCCCUGGCCUCCUCACUCAAGGUCCCUUUCAUUGAGGGAGACUCACUGCACUCUAAAGCUGCAGUUGAGAAGAUGGGCGGGAGCCUGGCUCUUACCGACGAAGACCGCGCCUUGUGGUUAAACCGCAUUGGUAGACGGGCCGUUGAGGCUCUCGAAGACUUGGGCUACGACUCCGUCGUUGUAAGCUGCUCGGCCCUGAGGAAGACCUACCGGGAUGCUCUUAGAGAAAUCGUUUCUAAGCAUGAGGGUACUAACAUCAUUUUCUUUGACCUCCAAUGUGAGGCCGAGACAUUAAUCAAGAGACUAAAUGAGAGGAAGGGACACUACAUGCUUUCAAGCAUGGUUGAGAGCCAGGUUGGUGCGUAUGAACCCGCUGGUCUCGACGAAUUGGAUGUAUUGCCAAUUGAGGGCGAAGGUAAACCAGAGGAAGUCUUUGAGGAGGCCAGAUGGCUUCUUGAACAGAUCGGAUUGCAAUAA